AUGAGUCCGUCUUUAGUUGAUGUACGCGUAUCCAUGACUCGAUAUGGAAUGAGCACAUUCUUAGUUCUCGGUGUGAUUGGCAAUCUGAUCAAUGUAUUGAUGUUUGCUCGAAGAGAAUCUCUUCGUAAUUCGUGCUCUCUCUACCUACUUACAGCAUCAGUUAUCAAUAUUUUAUCAAUUCUUUGGGGUAUUAUACCAUCGCUUUACAUUUUGGAUCAUACUGAUCCCUCAACAUACUCUGUAGUCUACUGUAAACUUCGAUUAUACACAAUUCAUACAAUUUUGAUGAUUGGUCGAUCAUUGGUGGUCGUUGCUUGCUUCGACCGCUAUGCGUUAUGCUCCCAUUCAACUCGACUUCGGUCGUUCUGUCAAACGAAAAUAGCUGUUCGAGUUAGUCUUGCACACAUUAUCAUUUGGCCUCUUGUUACAAUUCAUAUUCCAUUUCUACAACAAUAUAUUCAAAAUAAAUGCUAUAUGCCAGGAAUAAACGAUAUAAUCUAUGCGUCGUACUCAACCGUCGUUGCUGGUAUACUCCCUCCAGUUCUCAUGUCGAUGUUUAGUAUAUUAACAAUGCGACAUCGUCGUGAACUUCUCACACGAUUACAUGCCGCUGGAGUUAAUACGAAACGCGAUAAUGCAUUUAUGGCUAUGCUACUAAGUCAAGUGAUUAUUUAUGUAAUUACAACUGGAAUGUAUCCGGCAAUGACCCUUUACCUAUCAAUUAUAGAUGGCCGUGCGAAAUCCAUCAGCCAGCAGCAGAUUGAAACAUUUUUAAACUUUAUAGCGGGCUCAUUUUUGAUUUAUCUUAAUCCGGCAUCAACGUUUUUCAUUUACGUUCUUGCUGCCAAAGCAUUCCGUCGAGAUUGCAAAGACACAUUUAUCAAACAAUUCAAAAGACUCAUUGGACAAAGGACUCGAAUAGAACCGAGAACAGUGCACACUCACAAUAUUAUGUGUGUUAAUCAAAAUGCGCGUGUAUAG